AUGUUACAUAUCUCAGGAAACCGUGAUGAAGGACGGCACAGUUUAAAUAAAUCUCUGAAAAUGAAUGACAAUGUUUUAAAUAAAUUGUUGUCGAUCGAUUCAUCAUUGCUGUUAUCAAAGGUAAAUUAAAUAAGAUAUCAUAGUUGGAAAAAAUCAUUGAUUCAAAUAUUAUAUAUUAUCUACAAAUGAUGUAGUUUGAAUUCUAAGUAGAUCACAUAUAUAUUAAAGGCUUAUCUUGUGUAUUAUUUUUGUUUGUUUUCUCAUCUUAAUUACCAUAUGUUAUGUGGAUUAUUUCAUAGUUUAAAUCCACACGUAAAUCUAAUUAUUUGUCUCAAAUAACUAUAUCUGUUUUUAUCAUAGAACAUUAGAGAAGUAUUUAGAUAAUUUCUAUAUCAAUUAGUGUGAUUAAAAUCAAUAUUUUAUGAUAAACGUUCUUUUGAGUAUUGUUUAUGCUAACAACUUUUGUCAUUGCAUUGAUCAUCAACAUUAUCUAAACAAUGCAAUCGUUCUUUACUACCUGAACUAAAAAUAUUCAAGUAUUUGUGAAUUAACUUUGGUUUAAUCAUAGAAAAUGAUGAAAUAUGUAGAUGUAUGAUCCAUACUAUAGUUAAAAAAUGAAUGACUCUAAAGUAUUUAAUACAAGCAAAUAGUAAAAUUUGAUUGACGUAUAAACCAAUGUCGCAAACAAACAAACAUGAACAGAAUAAAAUCCUGAUAGGUUCGAUCCGAACUAAAACUGGAUCAUUCUGUGUAAAGUAGAUGUUAAUUACUGAAGAGGCACGAAUAGUUACUGUAUGACUGGUAACCAGUUAUCGCGUACAGUUAUGGCAUUUAAGAAUGCGCUGAGUACUGAAAAAAAAAGGUAAAAGUUUGCGUUGAAAGAAUAAAGAAACACAACGUGCAAAUGGUUUUAGAUUUGCCAAGAAAAAUAUUUGCUUGAUUUUACCUACCUUAAAAUACGUAUAUUUUUAAUGUUGAUUAUGAGUAUGACAUUCCUCCUAUUGCUUUUCUAUUUGAGUCUCAGAAAUUCAGAUCUCCAGAGAUCUACUAAAGACUUUCGAAUGAAACAAUUCUAAUACGAUCAGAUUGUAGAGCACGUCCCAUUGUCAAUCUAUAACUACUUUCGACGUCAAAAGCAGUACACUCGCGUGCUUUUUGAAUAACAUUUGAACGAAAUGAGCUAGAGAGAUCCGGUUUUUACCAUUCAACAACCUAAAAAUGAGCUGAAAACUACUAGUUCCAGGUGAUGUGCCUCCUCGGACAAAACAUCCAACAGUGCCGUGGAAAGAAUCCUAAAUAAAAUUAUUGUUCUACAUUUACACUUAGAUAGAACAACAUCUGUUCUACAAAACUACGUAAAUACGGGACCUCUAUCUUUUCUCGUU